UGUGCUGUCAGUGUGUGUUCUGAUGCGGGCUUGAGCACACGGCUUCUUCACACUCAAAAGCAGUGUGUGUGUGUGUGUGUGUGUGUGAGAGUGUGUGUGCUGUUGGUUCAUUUGGAGCUUUGACACACGAGGAAUGACAUGAACACUCAUGAGAGGAAACGAGGAAGAGACCUACGUGGACAGCAAGUUUUCCUGAGAGCGGAUGACACACCUGCUGUCUUACACUCCCUACAGCGCUGAGUGUGUAUCAGGCCUCCUGAGAGAUCCAAUGCAACGACACGGUCACGUCAGAGACACACGCCACGAUGCAGUACAGGAUGCAUUGCUGCAAUUGGCCUCCGUUGUCGACGUCAACAGUCUGCAGGCGACUGUUAAAGAUGUGCUGCGAGCCGUCCUGCCAAACGUGGAGUGUGUGUUCAUGUAUCUGUUGGAGGCGGAGUCUCGACUGCACUGUGAAGAUCCGCCCCAUGAGGUCCCAGCCAAGGGCAAGCUCAGAGACGCAGUUAACCAGCGCAGGAGAGUCCAGUGUGCUGGUUUACCGUCAUCAGAACUCCACGAGAAACACAUGAGUGCUCUGACCGCCCCACUAGCACCGGAUAAACGAGUGCUCAUCAUGCCGUUAGUUGACCGUGAUGAGGGGAUGGUUAUAUCUCUGAUUUUGCUGUGCUGUAAACUGCUGACAGAACAGGACGAGCAAAACCUCACUAUUCUGGAAAAACACCUCACUGUAGCGUGUAAGCGAGUGAGAGAUGUGCAGAGAUGCUCCAAACGGACACAUGCUCAUUCCCACAAUGCACCGGUGGAGCCGAAGCCCAGCUCACGACCCGAAGACUACAAAGAACUCGACCGCAAGAUACUACAGCUGUGCGGUGAGCUGUAUGAUUUGGACGCCGCAUCUUUGCAGUUAAAAGUCAUUAACUAUUUACAGACAGAAACUCAGUCUCAGUGCUGCUGUUUACUGCUCGUGUCUGAAGAUAAUCAUCAGCUCUUCUGUCAGGUUGUUGGUGAUAAAGUUUUGGAAGAAGAAAUCAGCUUUCCACUCAUGUUCGGGAGGUUUGGGCAGGUGGUGGAGACAAAGAAAUCAAUUACUCUACAGGACGUGAGUCAGGAGGAACGUGGUUUAUUGAGCAGUUUGUUGGGGUUCGAGCCGAACUCAAUGCUGUGUGUGCCUGUGAUCAGUCAAGCCACUGGACAGGUGGUGGCGCUAGCGUGCACCUUCAACAAGCUUGGAGGAAAGAGGUACAUGGAGGCGGAUGAACACGUGAUUCAACACUGUUUCUGUUACACGUCGACGGUUCUCACCAGCACACUCGCCUUUCAGAAAGAACAAAAGCUCAAGUUUGAGUGUCAGGCUCUUCUGCAAGUGGCUAAAAACCUCUUCACACACCUGGACGACGUGUCUGUAUUGUUGCAGGAAAUCAUCGCAGAAGCAAGAAACCUGAGUAAUGCUGAGAUUUGUUCUGUGUUCCUGUUGGAUCGAGUCAGUCAUGAACUUGUGGCCAAAGUGUUUGACGGAGGAGUCGUGAACGAUGACGAGAAGGAGUUUCGUAUCCCGGCGGAUCAGGGCAUCGCUGGGCAUGUCGCCACCACUGGGAAAAUCCUCAACAUCAAGGAUGCGUAUUCUCACCCUCUGUUUUACCGCGGUGUGGACGACAGCACGGGCUUCCGAACGCGCAACAUCCUCUGCUUCCCCAUUAAAGACGAGAACGGAGAGGUCAUCGGAGUUGCUGAGCUGGUGAACAAAACCAACGGGCCGUGGUUCAAUCGUUUCGAUGAAGAUCUGGCGACGGCGUUCUCCAUCUACUGUGGCAUCAGUAUCGCUCAUUCUCUCCUGUAUAAGAAGGUUCAUGAGGCUCAGUUCCGCAGUCAUCUGGCCAAUGAGAUGAUGAUGUAUCAUAUGAAGGUGUCAGAAGAGGAGGUCACUAAACUGCUGUUCAGCGGCAUCGAGCCGGUCCAGAAAAUCCACCCGAGCUUCGCUGAGUUCACCUACACGCCCAGAUCGCUGCCCGAUGACAGCACGCCAAUGGGAGUUCUGAGUAUGUUUGAAGACAUGGGCUUCAUAAACACAUAUAAGAUCGACCUGCACACACUGGCCAGGUUUUGUCUGAUGGUGAAAAAGGGCUACAGAGAUCCUCCGUAUCACAACUGGACGCACGCUUUCUCAGUCUCACACUUCUGCUACCUGCUUUACAAGAACCUUCAACUAUCCAACUACCUCGAAGAUAUAGAGAUUCUGGCGCUCUUUGUGUCCUGUAUGUGUCACGAUUUGGACCAUCGAGGAACCAACAACUCCUUUCAGGUCGCAUCACAAUCGGUCCUGGCGGCCCUGUAUAGUUCAGAGGGAUCUGUGAUGGAGAGACAUCACUUCGCUCAGGCCAUCGCUAUACUCAACACACACGGCUGCAACAUCUUUGAGAAAUUCUCACGAAAGGACUAUCAGAGAAUGUUGGAUCUGAUUCGAGACAUCAUACUGGCCACAGAUUUGGCGCAUCACCUGAGAAUCUUCAAAGACCUGCAGAAAAUGGCUGAUGCUGGUUAUAACCCCAGGAGUCAAACCCAUCGCAGUCUGCUGCUGUGCCUGCUCAUGACCUCUUGUGACCUCUCAGAUCAGACCAAGGGUUGGAAGACCACCAGAAAGAUUGCGGAGUUGAUUUACAAAGAGUUCUUCUCUCAGGGUGAUUUGGAGAAGGCGAUGGGAAACAGACCGAGUGAGAUGAUGGAUCGGGAGAAAGCAUACAUCCCUGAACUCCAGAUCAGCUUCAUGGAGCACAUCGCCAUGCCAAUAUACAAGCUCCUGCAGGAAAUAUUCCCGCGCUCUGCGGAGCUGUACGAGCGAGUCGCCGCCAACCGCGAGCAGUGGGCCAAAGUUUCACACAAGUUCACCAUCCGUGGGUUGCCAAGCAACAACUCGCUGGACUUCCUGGACGAGGAGUUCGAGCUGCUUCAAUCUCAGGGCGCAUUCGGAGACGAUUCGCACCGCAUGAACGGUUGCCUGGAUGACGACUGUCACAAGCACGACCAAUGACAUCGCUAGGGCUAGAGUUGCGCCUUGAUAAAAUUCGGUAUUUGCCGACGAUUCGUUAAGGAAAGGUAGAUCGCCUCUUUGACAUUGCCGUGGAGACGGGUUUCAUGAGGUGUCAUUCUAAAGGACGAUUGACCACAUUGUGCUGUCAUUCAGGGGAGUUAAUAUCAUCAUUGCUGAAAAUCGCCCCGUUGUGAUGUCAUAGUUCAUAUUUGACUAAACACCUAAACUACUAAGUGUACUCAAAGUGAUCAUAUAUAUAUAUAUAUAUAUAUAUAAAAGUUGGCAUAAAUGAACGUCCAAAUCUAAAUGAAUCAACUCUUUGGCUGAACUUGAUUCAAUCGGGGACAGAGGCUCCACAUGUUUGAAAUUAGUAUUCUUAAAGGGACAUUACCACAUAAAUACAACUUAAAUACUUGAUGUUGUCCCAAUGCAAAUGAAUUUAAGUAUAGCUGACUAGACACUUUUUUCAGUUGACUCAACUCAGUUAGUAAGUUCUCUUGGUUACAUGAAUUGUUUGAGUUAUAUGAACAUGGGAGGAUUGAGUACAACUGACGAUAGUGUAAGUUAAUUAUUUUGAGUAUAUCUUUGUUUUACAGUGCUUUGUAAGACUAACAAUUUCCAGAGAAGUGUUAGUACAUUAAUAAUAUCUUAAGAAAAUGUACUUCACCCCCCUUAGUUAGUUACUUUAUUAUUGUUAUUAUUAUUAUUAUUAUUUUAAAAGCAAGCAAUACAUUAUGUGUAGGAUAAAUCAAGCCACUAUUUCCUUGUUAUUUAUUUGUUUUCUUUGAAUCCGUAACAUUGAAAUUUGUCAGAAUAUAUUUGCUUAUAUUGUCAAAUUUCAAUGUUACGGAUUCAAAGAAAACAAAUAAAUAAAAAGGUAAUAGUGGCUUGAUUUAUCCUGCACUAAUUUUGCCCCUCAGAUGUUAGUUGUCCCUGUUCACACAGAAAAGCGCAAGCGAACAAAAUUUCUCCAUUCUGCAAUUCCCCAAAAAAUCAUUGAAAAUGUCCCUCAAGCAAACCGCAGCAGCCGUCCAGAGAGGUUACAGCACGAGCGACACCAAGCGUGAAAACACGCGACUCCCCGGAGACAUUCGACGUCAUCUGCCGUGAUUCAGAAACUCUCGUCCUGAUGAGAAACUUUGAUGGCGUGUACAUAUAGUUUAGCGUUUAAAGGGCUACAGGGGCCCGCAGAGGACGUUUUCAUUCUCAGGAUGGUGGAAUGUGUGUGUCAAAUGGAUUUUGCCUUACAAAUGUUUUCGUUGCCUUCCUGAGUGAACUUUAAAAGAGAUAUACUGUAUGUAUAUAAAAGAAUUCAGCCUAUCUAUGUACAGUUCUAAAGCUACAUGGAUAUAUAGAAAUAUCUAUUUCCUGUGUGUACAUGUGUGUUUGCACAGGUGUGACUGUUUGUGCAUUUGCCAAAAUCUGCUACGGAAGAGAAGACCAAGAGAGACAUUUCUGUUUUAUGAAAAAUUUGCGUUUUUCACACGGGAUGCCAGAAUUAAUAACCUAUAAUUCAUUAGAAGCUUAACCUGCACUAGGGGAGUGAAAAGAAAAAAAAAGAAGAAUAAAAAUAAAUGUCAAAGUCAUAUUUUACCUUAAAAAAUGUACAA